AUGCGCGUCCUCGCCUGCAUCCUGCUCGGCGCCGCGCGAGCCGACGAGAUGACCGGCGCCAUCUAUGUCUCCAGGCACGGCGUCCGCUCGCCCUACCCGCCGGGCGGCACGGGCUGGCCGGCGCACGGCCAGAGCUGGGAGGCCUGGACGAGCGCGCCCGUGAAGCGCGCCGCGGAGUUCGGCAUGACGGACCACGCGUUCAAGACGCAGGAGCUCACGGCGCACGGCAAGACCUUGGUGAAGCCCCUCGGCGCGUCCGCGCGCGAGGCCUGGGCCGCCGCCGGGCUCGAGCUCGAUUGUGAGAGAGUCAAAACCUACGCGGACGACUCGACGCGGGACGUGCAGACGGCUAAACUCUGGCUCGAGGGCCUCGGCUGCGCUGAGAAUCACGUGGACGUGGCCAACGGCAGUUUACCAGAGAUGGUCCCGAUACUGAGUGAUGACUUCGUGCAGCCGAACGGUAUCUGUAAGGUGGCGACGGAGGGCCAGGCCCGGGGUAGAUUUGGAGGCGACGUGGAUGCGCUGACGGCGGCGCACGCGGUUGGUAUUGACGAGGUCCAGGCGGCGCUGGAGAUGCCGUCGGACGCGGACGCUUGUAUAGAUCUGCCCGACGACGUCGAGUGCGCUAUAGCAUCAUUUCCUUACCAAUACGACGCGAUGCCGUGGCACGGCCUGUUUGGGGGGCCCCUCUACUACGCGCAGUACUUCGCCGAGAGCUGGAUGUUCGAGUACCUUUCAGGUUUAGACGACUUCGCCAAUCAUAAGCUCACGCCGGAGGAAUUGGUGCGGUUAUAUGGGUUGCACGUGGCGAUCAUGGGCUUCGCGUCGAACUAUUUCAACAGCCGCGCUUUGGGGAGCGCGCUGCUCGCCUACGUCGCCGUGUCCGCCCGGGAAAUAGUGAGGGGCCACCCCGAAAACGUGAGGGCGCUCUUUGCCCACGACACGAACAUUUUGUACCUGCGGCACUUGUUGGAUCUGGACUGGAUCGCCACGGGCUGGCCCAUGCACGCCGCUCCCACGGGCGGCGCUUUGGUGUUUGAGGUGCGCGGCCAGGCCGUGCGCACGGUCUUCCGGGCCCAGUCGCCGCAGUCCCAGCACUCGGGCGAGGGCACCGUGGACGAGGCCGUGUUGGUUAUUCCGGCGUGCGGCGUGGAGCUGUGCCCCGUCGAGGAUUUUGUCAGGGUCGUCGCCGAAGCUGUGGACGCGGACUGCCUACCCGCGGAGCUGCGCGACGCGCUCAUCCGCGGCGUCUCGGUCCGCGAGGACGUGUGCACGGGCAUGCGCCCGUGGCUCAUGGUCCUCGGGGCAUUCUUAUCUGCCGCGGGCGGGGCGUUCAUCGCGAUAGCCGCGGAGCGGCGCAAGCGGGCGCCGUCCGCGGCGUCGCUCCUCCAAGCGAGUCGGCGCGCCGACCAGCAGGAGGGCCUCGCGCUCGUCGAGAGCAAUCCCCUAUCACCAGACGGGGUGUAA